AUGGUGACCGUGAAAAGGGGACGAGGGCGGCCGAAAGCUACGGUGCCACCGUCACCUGAAACCCUCACCAACUUGAAGACACCAGAACGUGAAUCAAGCAACACCAUUGUUGUCGGUCAGACUUCGGAGAACACUUCAAGAACCACCAUUGGCGAAGACAAAGCUAUGACAAAUACCUUGAUAUGGGUGAACAAGGAAACCCUAACAAAACCAAUACAACCACAACCUGAAGAGCGUAAACCUUGA